GACCUCGAGGUGGCCAAGCUGGGGGACUCCGAUGUCCACGUCAAGAUGUUGGCAGCCCCCAUCAAUCCUGCUGACAUCAAUAUGAUCCAAGGGACCUAUGCCAUCCUCUCCCCGCUGCCGGCCGUGGGAGGGAACGAGGGCGUCGGGGAAGUGCUGGAGGUUGGGCGUCGCGUGGCGGCUCUGAAACCCGGGGACUGGGUCAUCCCGGCGACCACUGGACUGGGGACGUGGCGGACGCAGGGGGUGUUCCCCGAGGAGACGCUGUUGAAAGUGCCCAGCGACAUCCCGGUGCUGUGCGCCGCCACCCUGAGCGUCAACCCCUGCACGGCGUACCGCAUGCUGACUGACUUCGAGACCCUGGCGCCAGGUGACUCCGUCAUCCAGAACGCUGCCAACAGCGGCGUGGGCCAGGCUGUUAUCCAGAUCGCCAAAGCCUCCGGCAUCAAGACCAUCAACGUGGUGAGGGACAGACCUGAUCUCUCAAAGCUGGUGGAGAGGCUGAUGGCCCUGGGCGCAGACCAUGUCGUCACGGAGGAGAUGCUGAGAAAGCCAGAGAUGAAGGAUAUAUUUAAGAGCAUCCCGAAGCCCCGGCUCGCCCUGAACUGCGUCGGAGGCAAAAGCACUACGGAGAUGCUGCGGCAUCUACAGCCCAAAGGGACUGUGGUCACCUAUGGGGGGAUGGCAAAGCAGCCUGUGAUGGUGCCUGUGAGCGUGUUCAUCUUCCGGGACUUGCGGCUCCGUGGCUUCUGGAUGACCCAGUGGAAGAAGGACCACGCGCAGGACCAGGAGAGCCUGACCAGCAUGAUGGACACCUUGUGCCAGCUCAUCCGCAGGGGACAGCUCACCGCACCGGCCUGCACCGAGGUCCCGCUCCAGGACUACAAGGCAGCACUGGAGGCAUCCAUGAAGCCCUUCACGUCCUCAAAGCAGAUCCUCCUCCUCUGA